GAAACACAUAACCAAUCAUGAAGUGGUUAGUAGCACUUACUUUGCUAGCUGCUGCUGGCACUAGCCAAGCAGAGCAAGAAGUCUCCAUCGCCAAUGCAUUGUCAAGGCCGGUGGGAGUAGUUUAUCUGCUGGACAUCAUUUCUCCCCCAAGGCAGAAGCCAGAAGCGUUCAACUAUAAAUCUUCUAACUUCAUCAAUGAUGGUCCAAGCUACGGAAAUAAGCAUUCGUACUUACUGGUUCAACAGACAGAGGAUGACAGAGAGACCCCUUCCAAAUACUUAGUUCGCCAAAGACGAGAAGCAUAUCCAGUUGAAUCUCACGUUUAUGGAAAUCUUCAAGGCAGUGGACUGGGAUAAUUUUGUCGGUAAUAGUAUUUAUUGUUUAUAAAAGGAAUUUAAAUAUUAAAUAACAUUUAAUAUA